ACGCAACAUGGUGAAUACGACGGACGCUUGCGAGACCCGCGAUCCGUGUCAGCAUGGUGGCAUUUGCAUUUCUACGGACAGCGGACCGAUCUGCGAAUGUCGCACCGGUGAUUACGAGGGUGCAUACUGUGAAAAAGAAGCAUGGAGCACGGUGCUGCCCACGGCAGGUGCUGGAGAUUACUGGGCGUGGGAUUACAACAAAGCUCCUUCGGAAGCGUCCUUCAGAGGAACUGAGUAUCUCACAAUAAAUUUGAGUAAAGGAGAACCAGUACUCAGUACACAGGAAUCUAUAAGCCUCCAGUUCAAAACUAGACAACCGAAUGGACUUUUAUUUUAUUCCGGAGAGGGUGAUGAUUAUCUCACCGUGUCGCUGAGAGACGGAGGCGCCGCGGUCGGGAUGACGUUGGCCAAAGGAAGAUUGGAUCUGCACAUAAAACCGGCCAGGGUGCGGUUCGACGAUAAUCAAUGGCACAAAAUCGUCGUCCACAGGAAAGUUCAAGAGAUCUCUUCAAUAACCAGCUUUUGCAGGCUUUCUGCUAUUGUCGAUGGGGUUUAUGCCGAGCACGGACAUACCGCAGGAUCAUUCACACAUUUGGCAAGCGAUCGACUUCUCGUCGGUGGAGGCGCUAAUGCAAAGUCCUUGCAAGGCGCAAAGGGGAUCAACAACUUCGUCGGAUGUCUAAGAAAGGUCGAAUUUGCUGCGGAGGGAAUAAAAAUGGAACUGAUAGAGGCAGCCAGAAGCGGUGCGGCGGGUGCUGCGGCUUGGGGAAAAAUGGAUUUUCACUGUCGCGAACCUAAAGCCUCGGACCCGAUCACAUUUACUACCAGGGACUCACAUCUCAAGGCUGGAGCGAUGAUAAAUGCAAGGCGACUCCACGGCACUUUGGUCACCUUCACCAGCCCAGAGUCCCACCUGGUUUUGCCACCUUGGAAGGCCGCCAAGUCUGGGAGUAUAUCCUUCAAAAUUCGUACGAACGAACCCAAUGGACUGAUUAUGUAUAGCCGUAGCGGAGCGCACACGAGACAAGAUCUGUUUGCCUUCGAAAUUCUUGGCGGACAUCUUUAUCUGCAUGCCGAUCUUGGAAGUGGCCCUGUUAAAGUGAGAUCAUCAAAGACACGCGUCGAUGAUGGCGUUUGGCACGAUGUUGCUCUCAGAAGAGUUGAGAGAGAUGGUCGAGUCACCGUCGACAGCUAUACAGUCGAUUUUCGGACGCCAGGCGAUUCUACGCAAUUAGACUUAGAUGGCUUGUUGUAUAUCGGUGGUGUGGGUGCACCCUUUGCACCCUUAACUGUGCCGCCUGUUUUGUGGACGGGAGCUCUUCGACAAGGUUACGUAGGUUGCAUGAGGGAUCUCGUUAUCAAUGGACAUACAGUAGAUAUCGCGGGAUACGCACAGCAGCAGGAUUCCGGUGCAGUGAGACCCGCGUGCCAUAUUCAACCCGCACAUUGUCCUUCGCAACCGUGUAUGCACAAUGGCCAUUGCCUCGAAGGUUGGAAUCGAUUUCACUGCGAUUGCACCGGCACACCUUUUACAGGACCCACCUGUGGAAAAGAUGCAUCGACACUGCAUCUGAACGGCACGCAGCAAAUGACAGCGCUGAUGCCGGAAGAUUCCAGGACGCAGGCGGAGGAAAUCGUUAUACGUUUUAAGACAGCGAAACCACGUGGCCUUCUUUUAGCGACAAGCUUGGAAAACAACCCCGACCGUUUGCAAAUUUAUCUGAAGGAGAGCAAGGCGCAGAUGCUGAUUCACAUUGGUGAUCGAGAAAAGAUACUGGAGGCUGGACAAGGUCUUAACGAUGACAUGUGGCACACUCUGAGGUUUUCCAGACGGUUUAAUUCACUCAAGUUCCAGAUCGACGAUGAAACACCAAUACGAGCGGAGACUCAGCUAGGAAAGCAGGGCAUCUUGGAAUUCCGUACUCUCCACGUAGGCGGAUAUCUUCACGCAGGCGAGGACAUACCGCAUUUCGUGGGACAAUUGCAGCAGAUCUGGUUCAAUGGAUAUCCGUACUUGGAGAUUGCGCGCAGUGCUGGAAGUCAUCAAGCGUCGCAUCAGGGUGUCACACCCAUCAUCAGGGUCACUGGCAAAUUUGGGAAGAGGAAUCAUCCGGUUCAUCAUCCGGUGACCUUUACCUCCAAGCAUACCUUCGUAGGACUUCCAGUGCUCAAAGCAUACGUGGAAACAAAUAUCUAUUUCCAGUUCAAAACACGCGAAGCGAACGGCUUGAUCCUUUAUAACGCUGGCAGAGAACAUGACUUCAUUGCAGUUGAGUUGGUUACUGGACACGUUCAUUACGUGUUUGACCUAGGCGAUGGACCCGUCAGGGUCAGGGACACUUCGAAAUCAAAGUUAAAUGACGGCAAAUGGCAUGCCGUGAGCAUCGGUAGACCUGCAUCAAAGAGGCAUACUCUUGCUGUAGACGAUCAUGUGACCGCUGUCAACAGCCAGGGCAGCAACGAAAAUCUCGAUCUCGAUGGCAUCUUGUAUAUAGGCGGAGUAGAAAAGACGCAGUAUAGUCAAUUGCCAAAGCAGAUUCUCAGCCGUCACGGAUUUGAGGGGUGUCUGGCGUCGUUGGAUCUCAGCGGGGAAAGCACCGACCUCAUUACUGACGCUGUCGUGCCGAGUUCCCUCGUCACAUCAGGAUGCGAUGUUUACACCAACCUACAUCCGGGCAAGAAGUGUACUCAUGAUCUCUGUGCCAAUCACGGCACAUGUGUGCAGCAAUGGAACAGCUACACAUGCGAUUGCGACAUGACAAGUUUUACUGGACCAACUUGCAAUGAUGAGGCUGUUGCUUACGAAUUUGGAGCCGGAAGAGGAAUUAUUACAUAUACCUUUCCGGCUGAUCGUCGACCGGAAAUGAAAAGGGACACCGUGGCUUUAGGUUUCGUCACCGGCGUUAGCGAUGCUGUGCUGCUUAGAAUAGAAUCAGCGUCGAGUAACGAUUAUCUCGAGAUCGAAAUUGUGGAGGGUAAUGUCUUUGCAGUUUACAAUAUGGGCACCAACGAUCAUCCAAUCGGCGAAGUUGGCGUGAAAGUUAAUGACAACCAAUAUCACGUGGUUAGAUUCACCAGAACAGGACCGAACAGCACAUUACAAGUCGACGAUUACAAUCUACAGUCUAAUCAUCCGUCUGGUCAUCAGUUGACGGUAUUCAAUAGCCAGUCCACGAUCCAAGUAGGCGGACGAUGGAAUCGCAGCAAAGGCAGAGUGGAGCGACCAUUCUUGGGUGUAAUAGCCGGUCUGGUCAUUAAUGGUGCCAGAAUUUUGGAGUUGGCGGCAGCCAAAGAUGGUAGAGUCAUGACCAGAGGAGAUGUGCAGCUCUUACCAGCCGGAAGCCUCGUGGAUCACGCCGCGCCGUUGCAAAAAAUGCAACAGACACCUGCAUCCGGUUUUCCCGGUGUCAUGGACGAUCUUAUAUUCUCCGGCGCUGGAAGUGGUUGCGCCGGUGAUGACGAAGACGAGGAAUGCACGCCAAUCUACGAGUCUGGUUCCGAUGACAUCAUUACGCCAGUAUACGUGGCGCCUACGCGAUUACCAACAACGCUAAGGCCAAAGCUGCACAAGGAUAAAAUCCAAGAACGACCGUCUUGCGACGACGAAGAAGAUUGCGAAGAGGGUUCGGGCGAUCCUAGAACAACAGAAGAGAUUUUUGUCACGUCGACCAGCGAUAUCAGCUCGGUGACAUACACGACGCCGCGCGAGUACUCGACAAGCCAUAUCAGCACGCAGACGUCAACGACAUCGUCAACAACGUUGAGCCACGACAUCGUCACCGUCUCCGUCCAAUACAAUGUGUCAACCACAGAUCUCGAGACCAGCCAUGGCAGCACCGCCGUGACGCACCGAUCGACAACCGUGACAACGCCGUCAACCACAACGGAAAUGACGGAACCGCCGCCACCACCCCCGCCGCCGAUGUACCCGCCGAUGCCUACUCCGCCCAAGAACAAUAACAACAAGCGAAUCACUUCCGAAGCGGCCGAGAACGCCGCGCUCAUAAUCGGCAUCAUAGCCGCCGCACUGAUAGCGAUAGUUCUGGUCAUCCUUUUAAUCCUCAAGUUCAAGAACCGGCCUGAGACGAGCUACAAGGUGGACGAAACAAAAACGUUCUGCCAGGAUCCGAACGCGGCCCUGCUAGGUGCCGCAGGCUCCGGCCAACCCUUUAAUGGUGCUCUCAAGAAUGGCGCCAACGGCAGCAAAAAUAACAAGAAACGAGAACUGAUAGACAUUAAAGAGUGGUACGUGUAAAGAGGCGUAUGUUACACAGCGGAACACUAUCUUGUGUGUUUGUGUAACGAAAAUCCUCGCCGCCUUUCGUCACCUUUCGUCGUUUAUCGUUGGAAAGGAUGAGAAAGAGACGCAUCAUAGAGGAACGAAACAAUUCUCGCGGGUGUGCAAAAACGCGUGCGCAUUCUCGAGGAGAGCUUUUUCCUGCGCGUUGUGUAUUAUUAGACAAGUUUCACGAAUGCGAGUUCCAAAAGUUUCGAACUUCUAUUUCGAGAAUCGAUACCAAUACGUGGAAAGUGUUCGAAUGCUCUUCGCGAGAAUUUUCUUCGAGCUGCUUACUGCGUAACAAACAAUUUUCACGGAGAUGCCUCGUAAGGUCUGAAAAGAUCAACGCCGGAUAUGAACAGAUAGUUAUAAAUGCGUAUGCAAUUCUCGAAGGAUUUAAAAAGACAUUCUGGCACUUCGAAUCAUCACCGCGAUUACGCGCUGUUAAAUAAAAAUUCUUCUAUGACACUUGAGAAGAAUUUAAAGCAGAUAAGAGAUUGAUCGACGAUUAUGAUCAAGUAUUCUUGAUAAAACAUCUUCUAAGAGUUCUUGCUUGAAAAGCGAGAUCUCUAGAUUGCACGCCCAGAGAUAAGCAUGUGUUUCCCUUUGGAAAUAAGCAUUUGUCGAGGCAUCGAUCUGAUCUACGCUAACUUCGAUUGAAAAAUAUAGGAAAUUGUCUUUAAUUCUAAGACGAAUUGAUCGUCAGGCAGGAUGGAUUGCGUUUAGAAAAGUCCCUCGAGCUCCUUGCUUUCGCGAAGAAAGUCAACGAGACGCGAAAUAUCGAUCAACGAUCUAGCACUGCUCCUCUUGUUUCCUCGACACGAAAUCUCAGGACAAAAGCUAGACAUGUGGCAAGGAUCGAGCAUCGAUCGCGAACGUCUUGAAAGAAUUUGUUCGUCUUUCUCAUUUAUCGCGAAUUUUUGCAAACCGAUUGAAUAACGGCUUGCAACCGUUCCUCGCUCCUUUAUUUUAUAAUUAUAAUUAAUUAAUAGUAAGAGCAAACACACAGAAAGAUGAUUCGGCAAUUGAGAACUCAGUAUUCAUCAGCGAGACGUUGAGAAGCGGUUUUCGUCGCUCGAUCCAGAGCAACUUCCCAAAGAGGAACGAAGAGGAAAAACAGAUGCGACAGUAUCAAUAGUAGGCAUUAAUUAAAGGAAGAAACGUUGAAGAUGAUAUUAGCACAAUGACUGAUUUGAAUGAGUUUUAGGAAACAACUUGCACCAACUUGCCACGAGAUAGGCUGUUUUAUAGUUUUAUGAAUUUUACUUCCAACAUUCUCUCUGUGAGCGUGAGAUUGUCUUCAAAGAUACGUCGAAAAAUAUAUUAAGUUCAAAGUUGUACAGCAAUUUCAUGCUUAUCUAUUUCUUAUAGAAUUAGAUUAUCUAUUUAUUAAGAGUUAGAUAAUAAGAUGUUGUUUGCGAGUGAUUUGUAAGAUCUUUUAAAUAAGAAACGGUCUUUUAAGUGAGAAACAUACAUUAAAAACGGAAUGCGUGAAUGUUUCAUAUUGUUUAUUGCUGUGAGAUUUUAUAGAUGUUAUAAAGAUUCUGGAAGAAUUGAUUAGUGUUUUAUACAUUAAUUUAUUUAUUACUUCAGUACAUAUAUCUUCCUAGAAAAAGCAAAGCUCCUGCUUUCUAGAGAAAGCAAUAUUAUGUAACUUUUGACGCAGAAUUAUAUCCUGCCUGAAAAAGUGCUCCUCAAAUACAAUUUUUUGUACAAUUAAUUAAAUAAGUUUAUGUCUAUGAAUGUUAUAAUAAAUUAAAAGAUAAACUCUAUAAAAUGUGAUAUCCCCAAAUAAAUUUCGUCAAUUUAAUGCUAUACUGAUAGGUUAAAUUCUUGAUAGGUAUUAUUUAUGCACAUAUUUUAUAUAACAUCAGAAACUUUAAUUAUAUUUUAUUUUCGACGUACUCUUUGUGAGAACGAGAUGUUGGAAGUGAAACUUUAGGGAUGAGAAAAUGUCGUGAUCGAAUAAUCCUAUUCUAUCCUAUUCACACAUUCAUUGUUGUAUAGAAGAGCAAAAGAAUAAUAUAUAUAUAUAUAUAUAUACAUAUAUAUAUGUAUAUGUAUAUGUAUAUGACAUAUACAUACUUAUCAAUUAUGUUAUGCGUGUAAAUUGUUUGACGAAUUAAAUAGAUUUUAUUAAAGUCUGUUUUAAACGAAGGAUAUAUAAGUUACACAUUAUAAUAAGAGAUCCGUUCGAAGAAUCUGAGUGUGAAAUACAUUUAAUGAGAAAUAUGAAAACGUAUGAAUUACCAUACUUUUGCAUUCUUCAUUUUAAUUAUAAAUUAUAAUUUUAUAAGUAAUUUAUAAGUAAUUAUAGGU